CAAAAUCUUUUAGUCAUGAAGUAUUUUUUAAAAAGUAAAGAAAUAAUAGAAAAAUGUUUUGGUAUGCAUUGUUGACAAUUUAUGUAACAAAAAGUUUCCAAAGACAGAUUAAUCAAAUAAAAUCAACAGAGAAACCAAAUACUUUAAAAAAUGACGUCAAAAAGAAUGACUGGUUGAAUUUCGAAACGGCUGAUAAAUAUUUCAAUUAUAAAAGAGAGUUAUGGACUAAUGGAGUCAUUCCAUUUACAGUGGAGUAUCACAAAACAAUUGAAGAUUUGACGAAGACUCAAGCGCUAACAAACCUUAAUCACGCAAUUCUUGAGUGGGAGACAAAAACUUGCAUCCGGUUUGUGAGCCGUCACAAUGAGACAGACUAUGUCAUAUUUUAUUUCAGUGGAGGACAGGUUUGUAGAGCUGAUUCAGUUGGUAGAGGUGGUGGUAUGCAAAUUAUCUAUUUGGGUAAUGGCUGCCUGGAUCAGAGUGUAAUAUCGCACGAAAUUGGUCAUGUUGUAGGUUUUUUACAUGAACAUAACCGACCUGAUAGAGAUAAUUUUGUGACAAUUGCAACAGAAAAUAUAAAUUUAGAAAAAAUCGAUUUGUUUAAAAAAUUCCCAUUCGAUAAUGUGUAUUAUCUUGGACUUGAGUAUGAUUACUUCAGUAUUAUGCAUUACCCAAUGAAAGCAUUUUCUAUAAAUCAAAAAGAAACAAUUAUUCCAAAACAAAGCCAUAUAAAAGUGUUGGGAAAUGACAAACUUAGCAAGCUUGACAUAAAGAAAGUCAACUUCUUAUACAAAUGCGAUGUUUUGAGCAGCCAUUUUGAUGAUGAAGUUUGGAGUGUGUGGUCUCGCUGGAAACCUUGCACUGAAUCUUGUGGAGGAGGAACCAGGGAAAGAACAAGGGUUUGUCGAAUCAAACAGAAUAGUACUGAGAGGUGUCUUGGUAAUGAAAUUGAAACGGAAGUAUGCAAUAUCAAAGAAUGCCCAGAUUGGCCGCAUUAUCCUAGAGAUUUUAGCUUUGCUAAUGAACGACAAUUUGAUGAAACUCUGGAUUGUGUUUUGAUUUACGAAAGUGAAGAUUUUAAUGAAUGGUCCUCCUAUUCCUUUUGCCAAAAAAGUAAACGAAAAAUUGGAAUGAAGUGGUCAGAUAAAGGUCCUAUUAACAAAAUGAAAUGUACUUUAAUAACUGAACCAUUGGAAGAGCGCAAAAAAAGUUGGUUUGAUAAUUAUUUGUGUUUGCCAAUUUCAUCUCCUUUUAACUUUACGUGGUCAUAUGAAGGUCCUAUUGAAAAUUUAUCUUGCAUAAUGUGGUACGCCAAAAACGGUAAAGAUGGCUGGGAUAACAACUUUCUUUGUGCAAAAGAGUCUAUUAGAAAUUAUUCUAUCAACUAUUCACAAUCUCCUACAAUCAACCAAUAUGAAAGUUGGAGCGAGUGGUCCAAAUGCACAAAAGAGUGUGGUACUGGAAAACAAAGCAGGCUCCGUUUGUGUUAUUCAAAACAGCGGUGUCAUGGAAAACAUUUUGAAGAAACAGAAUGCAAUGUACAUAAAUGUCCUGAUUUAUGUUUCAAAGAAUUUACAGCUAAUAAAGGUCAAUUUCAUUCAAUCAACUAUCCAAAUAUGUAUCCAAGUAACCUUAACUGUAGUUGGUUACUUAAAGGUGGAAAAAACCAGCAAGUUAAACUUACCAUUGAAAAUCUUGAUUUUGAAAGAUUUCUUAUGGAGGAUUGUAUCUUUGAUUAUUUAGUUGUGCGAGACAGUGGUAAGUUUGGCAAAGAACUUGGCAGGUUUUGCGGCAAAAAUACAUCAAUAACUAUAAUAUCUUAUGCAUCAUCAUUAUGGCUUAAUAUGAUUACAGAUUACCAGGAAAAUAGACAUGGCUUUAAUGCAACUUGGGAGUUUAUAGACAGAAUAGCAUCAAACAAUACGGCAUGUUUCACUAUUAAAAAAGGUGAGCUUAGUACACCAAAUUUUCCUUCAUUUUACUGGUCAAACAUGAAUUGUGAAUGGGAAAUUGUGGCAGAAGAAAAUUCAGUAAUAGUAUUGCGAUUCAUAUGGUUUGAAACAGAAAUACAUGAAUCAUGCCAGUAUGACUAUCUUCAAAUCAUUGAUGGUGCAGGUACUUUCAUAAAGGAUCGAAUUUGCGGAAUUAAUCCAUUUAAAGAAAUUUUAGUUUCAAAGACAAAUAAAGUAAAGUUAAAAUUUAUUUCAAAUGAAACAAUAGAAAAACGAGGAUUCAAACUGAAAUGGAAAUCGUAUAAAAAGAUGUCAUAAAUUAAAUGGAGAUGUCAUAAAUUAAAUUGAAACUUUUGUCACUGAAACUAUAUGAAAAAGAGAAAACAAAAAGACUUUGAAGAAAAAGCUACUAUGUUUAUGACGUCAUGCUAAGUUCAUAUUCAGACUUUAUUUGGUUUUACCUCACAGAAACAUUUGCAGUGAAAUUGAUAUUUUUUAAUUAAUAAGUUUAUAUGCUAUUUAUUUAUAACACGUUUAUUGUUAUUAUUUUUAUUUUAAAAUAAUAAUUGAA